GAAUAGAAUAAUUGUUCUUUCGAGUGUUGCAUAACGAGGGUAAAACAUGUAAGAUUGCUUUACUUGUUCCUAUCGAAGUAACUAUCCCUCGAUACCUCGAGAAAUACAUCGUUCUUUGCCGUAUUGAUAAUUUCCAUUUUAGGAAAUCGUAUAGUUAGCUAGUAUGCUUCACAAGUAUCCAAAGAUACUUCCAAAGAAGAAAAAUAUAAUAAAAAUAAUUAUUUGUGCUGAAAUUGUAUGUUUCUUUGGAUUUUCAAUAGUUUGGCAAUUUUUAUAUACGUUUCAAGAUUGCAGAUAUUAUGUUCAUAAAAAAUUUCCAAUGCUACUAGAAGGUUAUUAUAAACUGGAAGAAAAAAUAUAUAACAAAAACAUCAAAUUAACGGAUCUCACACUGUGGCAGCAACAAAAUGAAAGUUAAAUUUUAUGAAGUUUGUAAAACUUUCAUCAAUUUUAAUAGGUAGUGAUGGUUUAACAUAUUCUUCACAGAUUGAUUCUUAAAGACAGUUUUUAUGUAAAAGACUUUAAAUAUUUUAAAUUUAUUAAAAUAACCUAUUAAUGAAGAUAAAUUUUUCAUUGAAAAUAAUAAAUAUUCAAAGUUGAAUGUUAUACAAAAUAUAAUUUAAAAAAGAAAAAACAAUAUUGAAAGUGCAAUAUGGAUUCUCCUCCUCUAAUAGAAGGUAGUUUACCAGAUCGUAUUACUAAAAGAGAUCGUGAAAGAAAAAAUGUUAUUGAAAGACGAAGAGAAGAAAGGCAAUCUUUAGCUGUUGAAUCUGAACAAAGCAGUUAUUUUAAAGAUACAUUUUAUUCAUCAUGUAAACAAAUUAAAGAUAUGUUAGAUGAUGCAUCUAAUGCUCCCACAUCAGCUCUUCCUGGAAUAUUUGAUAAAAUAAAUAAGGAAAUUCAAAUGCUUAAGAAUUAUUUAUCUCAAUCAAAAAUGUUUUUAAAAGUUUAUGAUAUUAGAAGAGCACAAGAAAACUUACAAUUAUUAGAAAAUGAAGCUUCUGAUUUAGAAAUAAAAUUAUUACCUAAGAAAAAAUUUGGUUUUAAAAAUCGGAGAGUUGUGAAAAAGACAUCUGACAAAACACAUGAUAUGACAGAUGGUUUAAAAGAUUUAAAAAUUUCAGAAGGAAUUGUAAAUGGUUCUGCAAAGCAGAAUCAUAAAUUAUCAAGUAAAUAUGGAGAUAGUGCUUGUAUGUUAUUGGGAAAAGUUAAUGAACAAUUAGUUUUGGAUGCUGAAAAUGUGAAUAAAAAUGAUAUUUUACUUUCUGAUUUAAUUCGAUGUACAAUACGAAUUUAUGGUACACCUAGUACUUUACAUAUGGUAAACUUAAAACAGUGUACUGUAUUAGUUGGACCAGUAACAUCAUCUGUAUUUGCACAUGAUUGUAAUGAAUGUGUAUUUGCUUUUGCAUGUCAACAACUUCGAUUACAUUCUUCAAUAGAUUGUACUAUUUAUAUACAUGUUACAAGUAGGUCAAUUAUAGAAGAUUGUACAAAAAUACGUGUAGCACCUUAUAAUUGGUCUUAUGAAGAUCAAGCAAAUCACUUUAAUUUAGCUGGACUUGAUCCAAAAAUAAAUAAUUGGAAUUGUGUUGAUGAUUUUAAUUGGUUAUCUAAUGAAAAGCAUUCACCAAAUUGGAGCAUUUUAGAUCCUGAAUUGCGUGUAAAAAGUUGGGAUUAAUAAAUACAAAUAAAAUAAAUCAUAAUGUCUAAAACUCAGUUCUAAAAAUAUCAUUCUUUUAAUAUUAGAUACUUAUUUUGUUAUAUAUAUAUAAAUUCUUUAUGUCCAUACUCUGCUUUUUCACAAAAAUUAUAUUAUAUGUAAGUGUUUUGUAUACUUACAAAAUGUUUAAUAAACUUGCUGUUUAUGAA